AUGAGGACCAUGGCCCGGCCGUCGUCGUCGUGGAAGCAGAGUGGCUAUGCUGCGCACGGACUAAUUCUGGGCUUCGUGCUCGUGCUCGUGCUUCUCUACUUGAUGGUCUCUGUACAGUUGAGCUAUAGUAACCCGCAUGUUCUGGUUGGCAUAGACUCGAGGAACUAUCUAUAUGAGAUUGCGAUGAACGGGGGAUUGUUGCUAUACCGCUUGCUUCUCACAAGAUCCUUUUGUGCUCACACGCAGAGGCAGCUUAUGCUGGCGCAACAACAAUCAGCACAGCUGAAACGGUUCCUGCAGGACGACAAAGAAGCCAUCAAGAACGCGAUGCCAGGAGCAUGGAACCACCACCCGCCACAAAGGGGAGGAACCGAUGACUUCAACAAUGUCGCGCGCACCAAGCCCAUCUGCGACACGUCGUUCGGUAAAUAUAUCUGCGAGCUGGCAGGCGACGCGCGGGCACGCGGUGGCGCCGCCGCGACGGUCACGCUUGUCCCUCCACGCGCUCCGCUCCGGGAGUGGACCAUAAAGCCCUACUCACGGAAGUACCUGGAUGGGCUCAAGGCUGUCACGGUGAGGUCCGUUUCCAUCCCAGAGCAUGCACCGCCAUGUACGACGCGGCUUAACAUCCCGGCGAUGGUGAUCGAGCUCGGCGGGCUCACCGGCAACUACUGGCACGACUUCAACGACGUGCUCGUCCCGCUCUUCAUCGGCGCGCGGAGGUUCAACGGGGAUGUCCACCUCCUCGUCGUCAACCUGCUUCCCUUCUGGGUCGACAAGUACCAGAGUAUCUUCAGCCAGCUCUCGCGCCACGAGAUCGUUGACUUCGAUAGGGACGACGGCACCGUUCGUUGCUACCCGCACGUCGUCGUCGGCUACGGCAGCCGGAAGGAGUUCACGAUCGAACCCAGUCUCGACGCCACGGGCGGCGGCUACACCAUGGUAGAUUUCACCGAGUUGUUGAGACGAGCCUACUCCCUGCCGCGCCAGCGGCCGAUCAAGCUCAGUGACAAUCCUGCCAGACGGCGGCCACGGAUGAUGAUCCUGGAGCGAACCAACAGCCGGAGGUUCAUCAACCUCCAUGAGGUCGUCGCUGCAGCGCAGGCCGCCGGAUUCAUGGUGACCGUUGCCGGCCGUCCGAGGACCAACUACGACAAGUUUGCACGCGAAGUGAACUCCUUCGACGUGAUGUUGGGCGUCCACGGGGCCGGGUUGACCAUCUGCGUGUACCUGCCCACGGGCGCCGUGCUCGUGCAGAUCGUGCCGUAUGGCCGGCUGGAGGACAUCGCCGGGUGCAAAUGA